AUGUCUGAGGAAACACAGCCCAAGGUAGACAGCUCCGAGCACGUCAACAUCAAGGUCACCGACUCGUCGUCGGAGAUUUUCUUCAAGAUCAAGAAGUCCACACAGCUCAAGAAACUGAUCGACGCCUUCUGCCAGCGACAGGGCAAGCAGAAGUCUUCCCUGCGUUUCCUCUACGACGGCCAGCGAGUCACCGACACUGACACCCCCGAGACUCUGCAGAUUGAGGACGGCGACACCAUCGAGGCUCACCAGGAGCAGCUUGGUGGCUGCUAA